UGUGCAACGUUAUUGGCUGGCUGAAUCAAUGACUUGCAAACGUCUUCAUCUAUUAUGCAUGUCAGUUCACCUUUAUUAUGUUCUUGAACUCAUUCUCAGGUAUACACAGCAGGGUGCUAGCCGCUCAUUCUUAAACAGAGGACAAGCAAUCAUCUCGCGAGGAGGAAGUUAUGGAGCUGCUCGGAUCAACUCUGACGACAACCUACGCUCGGCCAAAAACCAGCCACUUCCUCCCUGCCAUCUCCACUAUGGCGUCCAGCUAUCGUAACCCUCAGCCAGCCUUGGGGAGAAGUCCCAGUGCCAAUAUGUGGAGAACAAACAGCUAUUACAAGAGCAGCAGUGCUCUCCCAUUGACCUCCUCCACACAGCGGGAUCAUUUUGAUCUGGUUCGAGCCAACACUACUUUCUACCCUUCCAACAGGACCAUGCUGACGAACCGGUACACCCCAGACGACUGGUACAAGUCCAACCACAGCAAUUACCGGGAGUCAGAGUCUUCAAGAAAGAGUGCAGAACGACUGAGGAAAGACACCAUCAGGUUGAUGCAGGAUAAGGAGCAGCUCACCAGAAGAACGCAAGAAAACACCAGCAAGAACAUUGCAGAAAGGGUCAAUGAUAUUGUCUUCUGGAGGUCUGAGCUAACCCAUGAGAUCGACAAUAUGGUGACGGAGAUUGCGGCACUCAGUGAAGUGAAAAAAAGGUUGGAGAGAGCCUUAGCAGAGACCGAGGGGCCUCUAAAGGUGUCUCAAGAAUGUUUAUACCACAGAGAGAAGCGGAUGUCAAUCGACCUGGUACACGAUGAUGUAGAAAAAGAUCUAAUAAAGGAAGUAGAGGUUAUAAAGUCAUGUCAGGAGAGGAUGAGGCGGCAUCUGGACAGAGCCAUCGCCCAGCUGGCGUCAAAUCGAGCGGCCCAACAUGAGUUGGAGAAAGAUAUGAGCGACAAAGUAUCUGCUCAGAGGAUUGAUGACAGGUGCCACCAUUUGAGGAACACAUCAGACGGUAUCGGCUAUUACAGAGGAAUCGACAGAUUAGACCAUUCAGUUUCUCUGCCAGACACGUGGUCCAAAUUCACAGACGACAACAUCCUGCUUUCCCAAAGCGAACGAGCUAACUCUCACAAGCUCAGGGACGAGAUAGAAAUCUUGCUAAACACAACGUCCAAUGAAAUGUGGAACCAGUUCAUCAACGCCAAUGUCGCCUUUACUAACCGCAUUUCUGAAACGGCUGAUGCCAAGAACAACCUGCAGGCACACCUAGCAAAGACUUUGCAGGAGAUCUUUCAGACCGAAAUGCUGAUUGAAUCUCUGAAGAAAGCUCUGAAAGACAAGGAGAACCCACUCAAAGUGGCCCAGACUCGGCUCGAGGAGAGGACACGUAGGCCCAACGUAGAGCUUUGCAGAGACAACCCACACCACUGGCUUGUAGGCGAGGUGAGAGAGAUUGAAGACACAAUCCAAAAACUUCAAGAGAGACUGAUGGAGGCAGAAAACACUUUGCAGAUUCUGGUAAAGACAAAAGUGACUCUGGAGCAUGACCUGUCCAUCAAGGCCCACUCUCUCUUCCUAGACCAGGAGAAGUGCAUGGGAAUGCGAAAGAGCUUUCCCAGCCUGCCGCGCCUGGUGGGCUAUACAUAA